AUGUCCACAUUAAACCUAUGAAAACAUUACUUCCGGUGUACAUUCUGCAUAGUAUGCAAUGCUACUAAAAGAGACAACCCAGACCGAGUAUUUUUUAAGUUUCCAGUAGGUAAUCCGGAAGUGUGCAGUCAAUGGAUUUUAAACUGCGGAAAUGAGAGUUUGUCUGAGUUACCGGAAUCUCUGUUAAGACGCCGAACAGUGUGCGAUCGUCACUUCGAACGUUCGUGUUUCACUAGUGACAUGAGAACACGCCUGGAAAAACACGCGAUUCCGACGUUAAGUGGCGAUGGGAAUACCAGCGAUGUCUCAGCACCCGUGUCGUCCACACCGACGCCAGCAGCAGCCCUCCAAGACACAAUGGACAUAUCGACGACGUCGUCUCCACCUCCACCAGAAACUUCAACAACAGGUAGGCAGGCAUAUAUGAAUAUGUAAUUUUAUAGUUAGUUGGGGAAGCCUCUGAUAAAUAGUUAACAUUGUUAUGCUCCU